CGCACUUUGCACAGCUACGAUGGUCACAGCCCCCGCCCGAGCCCUGUGCGCAGGCUUCAUGUUGCAGGUUGUAGGCCUCCCGCUGGCGCGAGCGUUUUGUAGCUCGGCCCCUCGGCCGGGAAGGGCUUACAGAGGGGGACUGGCCGCCCUGGCUCUUCAACAGCAAGUCAGCAGCAGCAACAACAGGAGAAGCAGCAGCAGCAGCGACAGCGUUGCCGCGAGGACGCCGGCAGGGCGGCUCUGCAUGAGCACCGACGCGCCCCCGGCGGCCGAGAAGGCACCCGCCGGGAUGGAGGAAGAGGUCGAUCCAGGAGAGGUAGCCGGGCUGCGGAUCCUCAAGUACCCGCAUCCGGCGUUGCGAGCGGAGAACGAGGAGAUCGAGGUGUUCGACGACGACCUGAAGAAGCUCGCCAGGGACAUGUUCAAGAUCAUGUACGCGGCUAAGGGUGUCGGGCUGGCCGCUCCUCAGGUCGGAGUGAACAAGCGACUCAUGGUCUUCAACCCGGAGGGCGAUGCAAAGAACUGGCUGGACGAAGCUAUCCUCGUGAACCCGAAGAUCGUCGCCUCCGGAAAGGGGAAAAUCACGGCAGAAGAGGGCUGCCUAUCGUUCCCGGGGAUGGAGGGAAAGGUGGAGCGGCGGAACUGGGUCAAGGUGGAGGCGGUAAACGCCAAGGGGAAGAAGGUGAAGAAGAAAUACACCGACUGGACCGCUAGAAUAUUCCAGCACGAGUACGACCACUUGGACGGGACGGUGUACAUCGACCACCUCUCGCCGUCCGAGAGGGAAAAGGUGCAGCCCGUGCUGGACAAGCUCGUGAGCGACUUCGGUGAGGACGGAGCGUUGUGAUUUUCGCUAUGGUCACGCGGAUCCAACAAGACUAACGCAACGGGGCGUGCAAGAGAGAGGGGGGGAGGGGGGUAGAGAGAGAGAGAUCCGUUCUGAACGCGAGGAACCCAGGCGCGUAGAGGGAGAGAGAGAGAGGGAGAAAUAUUCUCUCUGAACGCGAGGAACCUCGCAGCAGCUUCCCGGUGGCGUGACUCCAAUCAUGAGGAGGAUUGUUUUCCCUUCCGAGGUUCCAACCCCAGGGAAAUAUGUACGUUUAUGAAGUGUGUGUUUUCAGUCAUUUUUGUGACGACGUUUUUCUUUUCAUUGGUACGGCAGAUAAUUCUUUGAGCUCACGAAAGCUACUUACACG